GAGAGAUAGGAUGUUUUUGUUGUUUUAUUGUGACCUCUGGUGGUUUUAUUGUGACCUCUGGUGACCUGACCUUUGACCUGACCAAAAAAUUGACCGAAGUGAUUUCGUCAUUAUUUUUUACGCUCUUUCGAACGCCGCCUUCCGCGUAUCGCUACGUGGCCCAGGAGCCGAGUUACAAGGGCUGAGAGAAGAAAUGAUAUCCCCACGUCGUGACGGCGACCUCUGCUAACGAGUUCAAGAACCGGCUUGAUAGUCACUGGUCUGAUCAUAUUUAUGACAUACCUACUUAAGCUAGAGCAAUAACCGAGAUUCAAAGAGCUCGAUGAGAACGGGUCCAAAAGGCCUCUGGCCUCCCAAAGUCCCGCCAACAGUAAGGUAAGUUCCAGGGACCUGUCAAGAUAGUUGAAUAUUGUCACGAUUUUUAGCUACAGUUUCAAAAUGCUGCAGCCUCUAAUGCAUGUGCUAUCAUCAAAGAGGAUAAUUUUAGCAAGUGGCUCUCCAAGAAGAAGAGAACUCCUCUCAAAAUAUGGCUUAGAAUUUGAUGUGGAGCCAUCACUCUAUGACGAAGGUAGCCUGAAAGCUGAAAACUUCACAUCACCUGCUGACUUCGCUGAACAACUUGCAUAUGAGAAGGCAGCUGAGGUAGUUCGCCGAAUGGAUCGAAGUAUCGACGCGCCCGAAUUGGUGAUCGGUGCCGACACGGUCGUCACCCUCGACGGACACGUUUACGGCAAACCGGUCGAUAAACAGGACGCCUUCAACAUGAUAUCAAAGUUCAGCGGUCGGACGCACCACGUGUACACCGGUGUGGCGGUGCUCCGGCGGCUCCAGUACGGACGCUGGGCCACUGACCGGUUCGCUGAGGUGACUGCCGUCCAUAUGGACACACUGCCGGCCGACGUCAUCCACAGCUACGUCAACACCAGCGAGCCCAUGGACAAGGCCGGCGGGUACGGCAUCCAGGCAAUGGGCGGUACCUUCAUCUCCGGUAUCGAGGGCGACUACUACAACGUGGUCGGGCUGCCGAUCCACCGGCUGUGCAAGCUCCUCUACCGCCUUUACGGCUCCAAGGACGGCUCGUCAGAACGCUGACGCUGACUCGUCGGCGGCAACCACUCAGGACCGUGCUAUUUAUUAACUUGUUGAGUGUAUAUAAACUGCUCGAAUACACAAUAUUUACACCG